AUGGCGGCGCCCGGGCGCGAGGCCGGGGCUGGCCAGGGGGCGGCGAGCAUGGCGCUCGUGGGAGCCGGGGGUGCGCCCCAGGACCUCAAGGUGGCAACAUACACAUAUGGUCAACCCAAUCCAUUUCUAGUAGAUGCAAAACUCAGAAGAUCAGUCAUCAGCGAAAUCAUAGAAAAAAUUGAAUAUCUUACAAAAGAAACAACUUUAAAUAUAAAGGGAACAGUGUUCUUUGAAACAACAGCUAGUUUCUCUGGAAUGUUGGCAAACUUCAUUUUCAGAAAUUGCUUUAAGGUUCAACAUGAUGCUCUGAAGAUAUACACAUCAUUAGCUACACUUCCAUUUUUGUCUACUGUAGUAGCUUACAAGCUUUUUGUAACUGAUGCUUUGAAUUCAGGUAAUAUAAGCCAGGAAAACUGUGUUCUGAGAAGUUCCCUGGUUGGCAUAGUAUGUGGUGUUUUAUAUCCCAGUGCUUUGGCUUUUUCUAGAAAUGGACAUCUGGCAGUCAAGUAUCAUACUGUUCUGCUGCCGUCAAAAGGAAGGGUUUUACUUCACUGGCUAUUGCUUUGUCAAACAGAGAUAAAGGCAAUGGCAAACCUGCUAGUCUUUCAAACAGUCUUUGCAAUACUUACUGGGCUGCGUCAUUAUUCAAUAUUUGAAAGUACACUUGAGAAAACUGUACAUGAAGAUUAAUCAAAGAAUGCUAAGUCCACAGAAUGGAUUUUUUUUUAUGAUGAGGACGCAGGUACUGCUGAAAGAGUUAA